AUGGCUGAAGGUGGAUGUACAAAGACAGAGGAGGAAGAAGCCGCGAGCUCUGAGGAAGACUCGGGCUCGUUCCACGGCUCUGGGGUCUGCAAAUGGUUUAACGUGCGGAUGGGCUUCGGCUUUCUGUCCAUGACCCACCGGGAGGGCAUCUGUCUGGAAUCACCCGUGGAUGUGUUCGUCCAUCAGAGCAAGCUUCAUAUGGAGGGUUUUCGCAGUCUAAAGGAAGGGGAAGCAGUGGAGUUCACCUUUAAAAGAUCUUCUAAGGGUCUGGAGUCCUUACAAGUGACGGGGCCUGGAGGGGCACCAUGUGUGGGCAGCGAGAAGAAACCAAAGGGUACCCAAAAGCGGCGUUCAAAAGGAGAUCGAUGCUUCAACUGUGGAGGGCCCAAUCAUCAUGCCAAAGAAUGCCAGCUGCCACCACAGCCGAAAAAGUGCCAUUUUUGCCAAAGCAUCUCCCACAUGGUGGCCAACUGCCCAAUCAAAGCACAGCAGUUGUCACCAGGAUCUCAGGGCAAAUCGACAACCUCAACAGGAGAAGAGGAGGACAUGAGCCACACUCCCUUACCGCCCGAGAGCUCGGAUUAGCUGAGGAAAGAUUGUCAGGGAAACACAAGCACCAAUCAAAAAGUU